AUGAAGACGAUACGCGCUGUGGCUGCCCUGACGGUGGCAGCGGCCUCGGCCGUUCAGGCCAUGAUCAGCUGCGACUCAAACAACCCCUGCCCUUCCAGCGCACCAUGCUGUUCGUCCUACGGAUUCUGCGGCGUUGGCGCAUACUGUCUGGGAGGAUGUUAUCCCAAGGACUCUUUCAGCAUGGAUUCUUGCAUGCCUGCACCUAUCUGCAAGUCUUCCGACUACGACUUCAACAACAUGAAUGGCUUUAUUGAGAACACGGAAUACCUUGGAGACCCAUCUAGCGGCAACUGGGUCUUUUCUGGAGAUCCGUUGAUGUACAACAACGAGGCUGUGUUGCUCACCAUGACCGAGGAUUCAUCGGGCACUCUCUUGAGUAGCACACGCUAUGUCUGGUACGGCAAGAUGAGCGCUACCAUGAAGACAAGUCGAGGCGCUGGUGUCGUUACUGCUUUCAUCAUGAUGAGUGACGUCAAGGACGAAAUCGACUUUGAGUUCAUUGGUACAGAUGUUGCGAAUGCUCAGAGCAAUUACUACUUCCAAGGAAUCACUGAUUNNGUAAGUCCUGUCAAAAUGCUGUACUCGCACACCGCGACUAACACAACUCCAGACGGCAACGAGAAGAACCUUUCCGCAGCCAACACUGACUCACAAUGGCACACUUAUACGAUCGAUUGGACCCCUGACUCCCUCAGCUGGGAGGUUGACGGCCAAGUUCUUCGUACGCUUAACCGCAACGAUACCUAUAACGAGACUGCUGGCCAGUACCACUACCCUCAGACCCCCUCCAGAGUCCAAUUCAGUUUGUGGCCUGCUGGAAAGGCUGGCAACGCUCAAGGUACUAUUGAGUGGGCUGGUGGUGAGAUUGACUGGAGCAGCCCGUACAUGCAGAAUGGCUACUACUAUGCCAUGGUCAAGGAUGUCACCGUCGACUGCUACAACCCUCCCUCGGGUUACAACAACCAAGGUAACAAGGCCUACUGGUACGAGAACAAGUACGCAACCAACGACACCGUCGUCGUUGGCAACAACGGUACCAUUUUGUCCUCAUUCCUUGCUACUGGUGAGGAGCCCAAGAAGGGUGCCAGCUCUAGCUCGACUUCUACUGCUACCAAGAGUGGCAACAAGUCCUCGGCCUCAUCCUCUGCGACCGCUCAACCCGAGACCAUUCCUGGUGUUUCUGGUGGUGGUUCGCGCGAGUCUGGUAGUGAUGUCGCUAGCGGUGAUUCAUCUUCUGGCAGCAGCGGUUCGUCAGGCUCUUCUGGGUCAUCGGGCUCUUCGGACUCGAGCUCUUCUUCAGGAGGUGGAUCUACCGGAUUCUCUCAAGGCCUUGAGACGGGUAGUGGUACCAACGAUGGCAACAGAGUCGUUGCAGGCAGCCUUGUCGCGCUUGUGGCCUUCUUUGCUGCUGCAAUGAUGCUGUAA